UAUGAGUUCAACAUUACUUCACAUCUGUUAAACCCAGAUUGUCACACACGAGGUUAUCGUACGCCACUCAUUAAUGGACAAUUCCCCGGACCCACCAUUCAUAUAACUCAAGGUGAUGAAAUAGAGAUUCUGGUACGAAAUCAAGCACAAACGUAUAAUACAUCAAUUCAUUUCCAUGGUAUCAGACAGAUAGGGACACCUGAAUCCGAUGGUGUUCCUGGCAUCACUCAACAUCCUAUCAUGCCAGGUACCUCCUUCCUUCAUCGGUUUAGUGCUGUUGGACAAGCUGGUACUUACUUUUAUCAUGCUCACAUCGGUCUUCAAGAUGAUACUGUAAAGGGUGCUUUCAUUAUUUAUGAAUCGGAUGAAGCAAACCCUAAAAUGAAACAUGAUGGGAAUAAAAAGAAGAAGAGGAACUAUAAGCGAUGCCAAAUGCUAAAGGCAGGUCCCUACAGUUACAAAAAGGACCUCGUCUUACAAGUGAGUGAAUGGUGGCAUGAUGACUUACUGAGUCGUGAAGAAUAUUAUUUAGGAAACUUCUUUACCUUUGAUCACGGUGCAGAUAGUAUAUUGAUGAAUGGUCGUACGAUCUAUGAUCCGGAUACACUCAAUUUGACUUCAGCAAGCUGUCAGGGCUAUACAACAUUUGAUGUAGAACCUAAUUCAGUAUAUCGAUUACGUGUGAUUGGAUCUACGACAUUUCGUACGUUAGCUUUAGCUAUCAAGGAGCAUCCAAUGACAUUGAUUGAAAUAGAUGGUGAAUUAACAGAACCUUAUCAGACGUCCUUUCUAGAGAUCGCUCCUGGGCAAAGAUAUUCUGCUUUACUCAAGACAGGUAAUCAUCCACCUGGCACUACCUUUGCGAUUGGCACAAGUUAUCUUUGGAAACAACGCGGUGGUGGUAUUACUGAAAAUGGGUUUGCUUAUAUUCGUUAUGUCUCCCCUGAUACUAUAAAGAAAGAGAAGGAGGAGGAGGAUAGGCCUAAUACUAACAAUCGUGUCUAUGCUGACUUGCCUUUACUUCCUAAUGUCGAUGAACCUGACUGGUUUUACCAUCAAAUCAAGCCCCUGGCUAAACGUCAUCCUAUCCUUGAUGAACGAAACGUACGUACUAUCAAAUUAACAACUAGUUUUCAUGUCAUGAUCGACAAUACAACUCGUUAUAUGGUAAACAAUCGUAUUCAAUCACAUCAUGAAACAGCCAAUCUUCAUUCUCAAUCCACUCACAAGAACAAAACGUUGCCUCAGCUGAGUCAACAUGGUUAUGAUUAUCAUAUGGAUUUAGAUACAUAUCCUAUUCAAUUUAAUGAGACACUCGAUUUGGUCUUUCAAAAUUCAAAAAAUGCAGCUGGAGGUUGUUUGUUACAUCCUUGGCAUACACAUGGACACUCACAUUAUUUAAUUGCUAGCGGACAAGGAGACUAUGUACAUGAAAGGGAUUCAAAUAAAAUGAACUUUGAAUUUCCUUUAUAUCGUGAUACCUCAGUGGCUUACCCAAGUAUGCCUACAAAUGAUACAGACGGCUGUGGAUGGACUAAAGUACGUAUGAAAGCAGAUAACCCAGGUUUUUGGGCAGUUCAUUGUCAUAUUACCACUCAUAUGCUUCAAGGGAAAAUGGUCAUCUUAGAGGAAGCACCCGAGUUGAUA